CCCACCUUUGCCGCUAGAGCGCACUGACUGUAUCCGGCGCGGAAUAGCUGCUAAGGAAAACAAAUCUAAACACGUUUGAAAUGACACUAAAGAUGCAGAACUACAUGGAAAAACAUAAGAUAGGUCCUCUAUUUGAGGACCUAAUGAACAAAGUCUUACGAGACAUGCCAGAGGAUCCCCUCAUCUAUAUCCUGAGGGCAGUUUACAAGAAGGCUGGAGUAGAAAUUCCACAGGACAUCAGGUAUGGCGGUAUGAGGAGAAGUGCUUCAGACAUGACACGUGGAAGAAGUAGGAGUCCCGAGAAACUGCCCGUGUCCAGCAGCGCAGAUGCAGCAUUAGGAACUCGGGACUAUGACCGACCAUGGAAGUCGCAGGCCAAGAGACUCAAGCCGAAGAAGUCUUCAGAUGAUGCAGAGCUGUCAAGAUCUCAGAGCUCCAGGCUGCACUCUGCCUCCUCUCUCAGUGACAAAACUGUAGAGGACUUGCUUAAAGUGACCCCGGUCAAACUGGCUCGGCGGCAGAGACCGGACUGGAACACCGACGUGAAGAUGAAGACGACAUCAUUUGAUGAGCUAUGGGAAGAUACAUCGCCAGUGAAGAGAGAUGACGCAGUGAGAUCAGAGACUGUCAGUAUCAUGAAGAAAUCCUGGGCCAGGGUUGGGCUGGAUGAUGAAAAUGACAACAUAUACAGCAGCAACAAAUACACAGGUCCUCGUCACGCCCACUUUAAAUCUGAUGAAGACCUGCUGGCCUCAGAGAAUAUUGUGUCAUCUCGCAGGGACAACAAGCACCAGAUGAAGCCCAAAGGGAAGAGCACAUCAUCUCGAAGCCACAAACUCAGUGCUGUACAGCAUCGUCAGGAGCUGGAGAAGUUGUUGAUGGAGUCGGAGAAGAGGUCUACAGAUUCAGGCUAUACGGAGGAACUAGGGGAGGAAGAUGAAGCCUUAGAAAUGCUCGAGGAUGCUGAUGAUUUGAGACGAGAAGGGGUAACCAACAUCCCAGCUACAGGCUACAGACUCAGUAAGAUCAUGCGUCAGCGACGAGCGGAGCCAACUGUUAAACUGAACAUCAAUCUUUAUCCAAGGCCUGAGCCAGCACCCUCAGUACAAGGAGAAUCGUAUGGAGAGUAUGAUUCUGACAUGGACUACAGGCCACAUACAGGAGGUCCAUCCGGAGUGGAGAGUGAUGAUGAGUUUGAGAGUGUCUCCCAGGUGACGGGCCCGGUAAGUAGACGGCCUGUGUGGAAUGUCCCUGAUUCUGAUGGAGAAAGCUACAUACCUCGUCCUGCUUUCUCCACUCCGCAGCCAAGCAAAGCCAAGGGGAAACCAUCAAAGCACAGACACCUCUCCUCAACUGGUCCCGCCAGACACAACGUCCCGAGUCCUGGUCGGUCGCUGGAGAGUGUGGACGACUUUACACGGGAAGGCGUGAAGACUUGGACGCCGGGCGCAGCCAGCUCACAUCGGAGAGUGAUGUCCCCUGAUGGAGAUGAGGUUAGAGAGUCCUUACAGUCAGCACGUGGGGGAUGGACGUUCCCGGAUGAUUCUGAUGCCAGUUUCACAGAAUUCAGCAAUAGGAAAGGAUCAUCAUAUAGAGAACCACAAGCAUACUGAUCUACAGUCUAGAGGAGAGAAGCACAGACUCGCCACUGUUAAUGGAUUUUUCGCAUAUAUAUAACUCCCUUUUCAAAUAAUGUAUUGUUACAUUUACUUGAUAGGUUUACAUGAUCCUUUUUUAAACUUUUCUGCUCAUCCAUUUUUGUAGGCAAUCUAUAUUUUUCAGAUAAUAUUGUUUGGUAUCAGCGAUACAGAGCAUAAUGAUAAAAAAAGGAUUAAAAUUAGUUUGUGAGUUUAUAGAGAGAUAGCUGUUGUGAUAUAUGGUAAGCCUAUGUUCUAUAAUACAUAGCACAUGUAAACAUGUUUGUUGUUUUUGUCCUUUCAUCCUGAUAGACAUUGAACUGUGAUAUUUGCAACUUGACUGUCAAUGUUGUAUCAUUGUAUACAAUUCUUUCAUGUACAUUAUUUUGUACAUGCAUGAUUUUAAUAAAAGGUUUAGCUAAACAUU